GGAGGAUUCAACCAGCAGGAUAUCUUUACUCAACAGCAACAACAGCGCAUGUUACAACAACAGCAACAUCUUUUCAACACCUCAACACUCGGUCAGUCAUCAACUAUGAAUAGAAAUUUGAUGGCAGCUGAAGAAAUUCGUGUUGAUUGCGUACAGAUGACCAACAAUGGGAGGUACGUUGUGACUGGCUCCAACUGUGGUCCUCCACAAGUCUGGGAUCUCAAGUCAGGUGAGCUUGUGAAGGUAAUGAAAGGGGAUGAGUUCAGUUCCACGGACCUUCACCUUGCCAAUGGAGACACCUUGUUGGUUGGUCAAGUUGCUGAGUUGGAACCUGUUGAUGUCGUUGAUGGCAAUCGUGUUCAUCAAAGAAGGCUUCAGGUUUGGGAUUUUGAAACCGGCAAGCCGAUAGAGAUGAGUAGAACGGAAACGUGUACAGCCAGCUGCAUGAUGAGUGAUGGAGAGAGGAUGUUGCUCGGCAGAACUGAUAGGUUUGGAGGGGGGACCACAAUCAUCAUCUGGGACAUUCUGGCCAACGAGCCUGUUCGACAAAUCAAAUGUGACUCUAGUGUUGGCUUUGCUGAUCAUAUCAGCUAUUUGAACGUGACGAAAGACAGCCGAUAUGUGAUAGCAGGUUUCCAGAACACGUACGACGGUACGGCUAACUACGUAACCUUUGACCUUGCAUCAGCUGAUAUUAAUGCUUCGGGCAUGAGGGUGUCUUCGUUGGAUGCUGACGUUGAUGUGACGACGCUGUUGAACGACAAGGAGGCAGUGACUGGUACGAGGAAAGGAGAGCUGAUCGUGUGGAGUGUGAAAACAGGCAAGCAGCUAAGAAGUCUGGGAGGAGGUGCAAUGUGUCACAACGGGGAGGUGAAGGAUGUCGUUGUCAGCAAGGAUGGUCAGUUGCUGGUCUCUGCAUCAACUGAUGGUACGAUCAAAGUUUGGGACAUUGACAGUGAAAGUCUCCUGCAUACGCUGACUGGACAUAGAGAUGAGGUGUGGUGCUGUACUCUUUCGCCUGACAAUGAGCUGGUUGGAUCCGGCUCGAAGGAUGGUACAAUCAGGUUGUGGAAAGUAUCUGACGGCACGUCUGUGGCUGCUAUUGACGCUGGCAUGACUGUUUUUAAGGUGCUGCUGAGCAACAACAAGAAGACGGUGGUUGCAUUGGCCGACAAGGGAGGCGCCAGGAAAUUAAUUAUGUUACGCGUCGUCAGAUCAACUGCUACAAUCGAUCGAAGGAAUCAAAUUGUCAGGGCAUGAGUGCAUUGCCUCUGCAACACUUUAUUUCAAGGAUGUUUAUCGACUUGUUUAGAAUCACAUGCGGCUUUGUACAAUUUUUUUUAUUUCCCUAUUUGUAUCUACUAAUUUUAUGGCUACCAAUUUGUUAAAUAAGUUUGUAUGGAACGACAAAUUUGAUGUAUCGAUAGUUUUAUUUAUUAUUGUUAACAAAGAUCUUGUCGCUUUUUGUUACAGUUAACGAGAUGUUUUCAAAUUUUUCAAAUCACAUGCUUAAGCUUUUUUUUUUUCAAAUAUUUUAUAAACCAUUUUGAAUACAGUUUUUUCUUUUUAGUAGUAGUGUUGAUGUUUUUUUUGAACUGAGAAACAAAACUCUUUUGAAUGUAAAUAUUUUUUCUCGUAGAAUAUUUAAAAAAAUUACGAUCUUAGUAUUAAUAGGGGAUCUAAUUUUUAUAGCAGAAUUUUUAAUUUAAAAAAAAUACGAUCUUAGUAAAAAAUAUGAUCUUAGUAUUAAUAGGGGAUCUUUUAUUUUUUGUGGCAGAAUUUUUAAUUUUUAAAAAAUAUAAUCUUAUUGGUGAUCUGAUUUUUAUAGCAGAAAGUUUUAUAAAACCUUUUGCAUCAAAUUACUGUAGCCUACGUUAAAUGGUUUUAAAAGUAUUACAAAUAUUAUCAUGAAUAAUAGUUACUUUUUCGUUACUUAUUUGCUUGGAAAUAUAGUUGAAUUAACACAUUUAUUGUUCAAUAAUUAAGAGAAAUGAUUGUCAUUUAAAUGAUUCUCUACCGAUCAUUGUUAGUGCAUUGAUAUGUCAUUAAUUUAUUUAUGUGCCUUAGAACCUGAAUCUUUUUAUUGAAUUGCACAAAUUUACGUGGAUUGUUAAAAUUUUUGGAAUAUCCCAUAUCAAUGGCAAUGUCUAUGACAUUUUUUUCAUUUUUCAUUCUACGAUCAUGUAGCCUCUUUUAUACUGUUCUCAAAAGAUUUUGGAUAUUUUUUAUUAUUUAAAUUUUGUUGAAAUUUCAAUACAAUUAAUAAAAAUUAUAAUUUUUU